AUGGUGGUUCAACUAAUUCUCCCUGUUUUGCUGAUUUUUCAUUUCGUUUUUUCUCGGGAACGUAAGAGAUUUAGUGUUACUAGGACUCGUAUUUUACAUAUUUUUGAUUUUUUUAGACUGUCCCGACUUGAAACGAGGUGAUUUUACUGAGUAUUUCGAGGUCUACGGGAAAGAUUUGGGCGACCGAAGGUACGAAAUUCAUGGAUUUUUUACUGGUGAGAAUUUUAAAUAAAUUUAUUUUAAUUGAUUUUUUUAAAUUUUAAUUUUUUUAGAGCUUGACAAGCCUCUGAAAAAUGGAUAUAAGAUCACAGUGAGCGAAGGGGAUCCAAUUAACCCGGGGCAUUUUGAUUUUUCGAUUUUAUUGUCCGGAUUGGCCGACAAAAAGAACGAUGUGGUGAUUUUGGAUCCGCUUCGGAAGCUGGAUGGGUGGGUUUUUUACAUCAGAAAAUUAUUUUUAAUCUGUAAAAAAGGGAUAAAGUUCAGCAAAUAGGCCAAUAUCCCAAAAAAAUAAAAAAAUAAAUAAUUAUUUUUGCGAGCUGCGCCCAGGAAAUUUACCAAUGGAAGAUUCUGUGCUUUACUGGUGGUAAAUAAAAGCUUAAAUGCUGAUAUAUGCUUAGGCUAUGUCCAAAAAAUUUUUUAACCCAGCCUGAGGCUUCCAAACUUUUCGUCGUAUAAAAUGUCCUCCGCAGGUCGCGCCCUUUCAUUUUUUCAAAAAACGAUUUUUUUGCGAUUGUGGCUUAUUUGCGGACCUUUUACUGUAAUAAAAUCAUUUUACAUCUACAAAAAAAUUUUUUUUGAUAUUUUUUCAGCGAAAAUCUCUUUGAAUUUCCCCCCAACUCCGUCAAUUUUAUCCGACAAAACUACGCGUUUACCUUCGGCGAUCUCCUCAUCUUGAAUCAAACUCAUUUUGCGGACAUUCCUGAGAUUGAUGAGAAUCGUUUGGAUGGAAAAGCCUUGUAUCGAUUCGAACCGUUGGCCAAUUUGAGGAAAUUUAAUUAUUCGGAAGAUGCGAUUGAAGGGAUUCGUAAAUGUUUCGAUCGAAAAAAGGUGAGAAAAUAAAUAUGAAUUUGUCAGGGAAAUUCGAUGAAAGAAGUUUUUCGAAACAGGAAAAAAUGAGAUUUGACCGGUCAGGUUGGGCAAGUUGACCGGGCAAAUUUAUAAAAAUUGUCACGUUUUUCGAUUUUUUAAAGUUUUUUAUUUGAUCGGUCAAGUUGGUCAACUUGACGGUCAGACUGGGCAAGUUGGCCGGUCAAAUUAAAAAAAAUAAUCAUGAUUUUGAUUUUUUGAAAGAUUUUUCUUUUAUUUGACCGGCCAGAUUGGUCAACUUGACCGGUCAAAUUUGGAGAAAAAAUCAUGCCUUGGAUUUGGAAAACCUUUUUUUAUUAAUUUGACCGGUCAAGUUGGUCAACUUGACAGACAGAUUGGACAAUUUGGCCGGUCAGAUUGGGCAAGAUGACCGGUAAAAUUUAGAACAAUAAUCAUGUUUUGGAUUUUGGAAAACCUUUUUUAUUAAUUUGACCGGUCAAGUUGGUCAACUUGACGGUCAGAUUGGAAAAAUUGACGGCCAAAUUUAAAGAAAUAACCAUGUUUUUUUCUUUUUGAAGAACUUUUUUAAAAAUUUGACCAGUCAAGUCGGUCAGCUUGACGGUCAGAUUGGGCAAGAUGACCAUUUGUAUUAGGCAAAUUGACCGUCAAAUUUAAAGAAAAGGUCAUGUUUUUAAUUUUUGUAAGAUUUUUCUUUUAUUUGACGGGUCAAGUGUUCAAUUUGACGGUCAAAUUUACAGACAUGGCCGAAUUGCUCAAAUUUGAAAAACGUUGUUUUUUUUUUGAAAUUUUAUCGGUCAGUUUGGUCAGCUUGACCAAGAAGAUCCGAACGCUCGUGAUUUACCUUGGUUUGCUGCUUUAAUUUUAAUUUUUCUUUCAGCUGGAGUACUGUACUUUCAAUGGAACUCAUGUCAUCGAGGGGGAACGGCAGUUUCUUGGGAUUAAUGAGGGAUGGGCUAUUAGUAUGUAAGUCAUAAAAAGAGAAAAAUAAUUUUUGGAUUUUGGGUGGUUUUUGGGCUUUUUUUAAAAAGUUUUUUUUGGGAGUUUUUGAAAUUUUUUGAUUUUUUUAUAAUUUUUUUUGAUUUUUUUUGUGAUUUCUGACUAAUUACUGGCGUUUUUCGUAUUUUCAGGGCCCCAUAUGAACGCCGUUUUACGUUGUAUCAGAUCAACAAUACAGAGUAAGAUUUUUUUUCAAAAAAAAAAAAAAAAAAAAAAAUUGUUUUUAGAAACUGUUUCAACAUUCCCUGGACCAUUGAGAACGCUAUUGACCAUCCCAUCAGUCUGAUUCCACUCCUCAAACUUCCAUUUAUUAAUUCGGACUCCCCAUUGAUCGAAAGAUUUCGGCCAAAGCCCGUUGAGAAGGUCGUUUUGAAAGCGAUACCCCCCACUUUGAGUGUCGUGAAUGUCACUGAAAUUCAUGAAGUUGUCGAGAAUACAACUACUAGAAUAAUUUCGACCACCGAAAAAGUUCUGAGUUCGGCGGAAAACCGAGAAAUUUUGGUGAUUUUAUUGAUACUGACGAUGAUUUUUGUUGGAUUUUGA